AGCAGGGCCCACCCUCCUGCCAAUCAGCGCCCGCUUUCUAUCGACCGAUGGGGCCCGCAGCCAAUAGGAACAGCUGAUCCCGAGAGGCCAGGAAUGAGGAGGAGGAGCUGGCGAAACCCUGGAGGUGUGACUUGCACCGUCGAGGCGUGGUCACAGAGUUAAACUCCUCCCCGGGAGGCCGAGCCCCCCAGUAGAAUGGAAGGGCGGGAUUAAGAGAGAACCAACAGCCAAACACACACUUCUGAGGGGAGGCGCGGCCGAUUGGACCGGGGAAAGAGAGGCGGAGCGUUGCGGAGAAUUCUAGCCAAUGCAGAGUAGAGCGCGGCGGGGCCUGUGGAACAUCUGCCAAUGAGAAGCGCGGUGGGCGAGCCUUGUUCUCUCACGGGGGCGAGGGGCGGGCCCGCCCAAUCCUAGCGAGCGGGCCAAUGAGAUCGGAGGCGGGGCCAAGCUCUGCCAACCAGCAAGCGGAGAUUUAUCUAGGCCCGUUACUGGGGCGGGGCGUCGGCGUUCCUGGCCACUGAGAUCGCCCCAGAGGCAGGCUCACGAGCCUUCCAAUGCGGGACGUGGGCUAACGCGAGUUCUCCCAAUCGGUGCACGGCGCCGACCGAUUCAAACUGACAGCGGGUUGGAAAGGCCGAGAGCGGAAGAGCGAGCAAAAAGCGACGUGUGCGGUGGCAGAGACCCCCCCAACGCCGACCGAGCCCGCAAAGCGACCUCUGCCCCGCCCCGGCGACAGCCCCCUGCGCUCUGGAGCGGCCGCUCGGGAAUGACUUGAGGGAUCGGCGGGAGCCACGAGGGAAAGCUGAGGGGAGGGAGACGCAGGAGAAGCGACGCGAGAGCCCGCAUGCUGAGGGCUGGGGGCUGUGCCAGGAAAGAAGUGAAGCCGGGGUCUCGCGAACUGGCAGAGAGGAGGAGGGUCGCGGGAGGGUUAAGGGAUACCCAGGCUCGCCUGUGGGAGAAACUGAGGGGGUUUCUGAACCCUGAGGAGAGGAGAAAGAUUUCCACAGAGGAGACGUGAGUAGGGAACCUUAGCCCCGUAUCCGAGAGAGAGAGGAAUCGGAGCGCUCCGAGCUAGGGGGCUUGAGUAGGAACCUGCGGAUAAAAGAGCCUGUCAGCAGAAGCUACAGUAAUUGCAAAAGGAACUAAAGAACAGACGAUCCUUCAAAUUGGAGGACAGGAAAACUGUAGAGAAGUUCCCCGAGACACCUUGCAGUUUGCCUGCUCCUCACUUCAAACUCCUCUCCCUUCCCCCCGAAAGUUAAAGAGAAAGCCAAGAUUGUUGCUUCUCUGUUCCUACUCAAUAAACAUUACUUUUACCCUCGAACGGAAAAACAGAAAAGAACUCAUAUCCUUCUCAAGUUUUGGGCUUAGAAAAACUCGAGGCCUCACAAUUUGAUUUUUAGCCUGGGGGAAUCAAACUAGGGAGGGUAUUGCUCCAAAAUCCCACACCUCAUCCUUCCGAGACGCCAUGUCUACCAGCAGCUGUACUUUCAAGGACCGGCGCGUGUCCAUCCUGUGUUGCAAAUUCUGUAAACAAGUGCUCAGCUCUAGGGGAAUGAAGGCUGUUUUGCUGGCUGACACUGAAAUAGACCUUUUCUCUACAGACAUCCCUCCUACCAAUGCAGUGGACUUCAUUGGAAGAUGCUAUUUCACUGAAAUCUGCAAAUGUAAACUGAAGGACAUCGCAUGUUUAAAAUGUGGGAACAUUGUAGGUUAUCAUGUGAUUGUUCCAUGUUGUUCUUGCCUUCUUUCCUGCAACAACGGACACUUCUGGAUGUUUCACAGCCAGGCAGUUUAUGGUAUUAACAGACUAGACUCUACUGGUGUGAAUUUCCUACUUUGGGGCAACUUGCCAGAGGUAGAAGAGAAUACAGAUGAAGACGUGUUAGAUAUCUCAGCAGAGGAGUGUAUUAGAUGACUACAGUUAUGAUAUAUUCAAUAUGUAAUAUAACUUUUUCCUUUGUAAAAAAUAUAUUAAUGGACCAAUUUAAAAAUUGUUAGUAAGGAUUUGUCAAUGAUUUCUUUUUUCGGAAGACAAAAAUGGAGUAUUUGUUGAUUUAUUUAUUUGUUGUCUCAAAUUAAUUACCUGAGUUUAUUGAACCAAUGUAGUUCUUUUCUUCUACAUCUGCUUCUACUUCUACCCUUUGUCUCUUCACCCCUCUUCCCAGUAUAGAUGUAUUCUUAAAUCCAGGUAGAAAAAUCUUUUACAUGUCGCUCUGCUAUCUUCCAAUCUGGGCGAGUUUUUCAUACAGUUAGAUGUCAGAUGCCAUUAAUUUUACAUUCUUGAAUAAGGGGCAUUAAAUACCCACACCUUUAUCACCUUGCUUAUAUCCAUGCAUAGUCCAUGCAUAUAACCAUGCAUAUAAGCAUGUGUAUAUAUUUGAAGCACAGUUGGGAAGUAAAGCUUAGCAGGGAAUUUUUAAAAAUAAAA